CAAUAUUUUAGAAAUAGCUGAUGCUCAGAAAGGAAGUGAAUCCCAAAGCCCCAUAGUAAAAACCAGACCCAGGACCCCAAUUCUGAUCUGAUGGAUUUUAAAGCUCCUACUGAUUAUACCAUUUCCACUGCAUACUUCAGGCUGUCAGCAUCACCCUGCCGGCUAAAAUAUUGACUCCAUGCCCCUGUGUCUCUAAGCAAUCUGAUUAUCCAUACCAGACUAGGAUAGGGCUUUUUGGUAAUGUGUUGAGAAAUAAGGGGAAAGCUCAGGUAAUUUUUGAAGUUAACAGCUCUUCCACUUGGAACAAACCCAGGAUGGUUCUACAUACAAAACAAGCUUCUCAAAAUCAACAAGUAUUCACUGAUCAUUGAGUCAUGUGCGUGGAGGACGGACAAUGGUUCAUUUGCCCAAUCAAUUUGGGAACACAAAACAGUCCACGUGCAAGAACACUUACCCAUGCACAACUGUAUAUGCCAAGGGCGGAACAACUGGACUGAACAACUUCUCAAUGUGACAGGGGUUUAAAAUAAGUAGAGGUGCCUUCUAGUUGGGUGGGUGAUGCAUUUCCCCUUAAAUCUCAAAAUCUGUAGUAGAGGAGGUAUAGCAGUUCUGAGGAAGUGGAAAGCGGUGGCAUUUGAAGGACCGUGAGAAUACUUCCUAGAGCAGUUCACCUCUGACUGAGCCUUGAAGAUGGAGUCAGGAUUUGGAGAGGCCCUAGGAUGACCACUUGGCUGGAGAGUCCAGAAGAUGGCGGAUGCAGUCAGUGUGAUGACCGCCCCCCAUUGACACUCCCAGUUCAGGUGUUAGUUUCGGUGUACAGGCAGAGUCCACGCCUCCCCAUUGUCACAGGGCGGUGUUUACAAGAAGAGGCCUGACUCUCCUCAGCCGACCCAAUGCAUGACUUGCUCUUUUGAUUGAGAAGGCUGCUCUUACGUUAGGUCACAGUACAGAGACUUAUUGAAUAGUUCAGUCACUUCAAGAUUAAUCUGGCACAUCCAGGGAUCUUUGUACUUGCUCUCAGGAUUCACACCUUCUCUUUUGGUGCUUAUCUGUUGUUGAAAAGAGUGGCUGCCUCGACUCCAUUUCCCAUGGGGUGAUCCAUGCUCUGAUAGCAAAGGUCCCAGUUUGCCUGGGAUAGCCCCAAUUUACUCUGUUGUUUGGAAUGUCCCAGUUCGAAUAGUAAGUUUAUGGCCACCCUAUGCACAGUGCUAGUCACCUUCCAACAUGGGAGCACGUGCCCAGAGAGCCACUCUUGUCCCUUGUUCCAGCGAGUUGGAUCUACAUUUCUGGUACCGUUCACAGGGACAUAAUGCCAUGGGCCAAUACUGUCACCCCUCCCAGGAGGGUGGAUUUGGGUAAAGUCACUGCUCUUUGAAACUCAUCCUUCGAAAACAAUUUAAAUAGCCACCUAGCCGACAGUAAGGACAAAUUAUAGAUAUUUUGACUUUUAACAGUAUGUUACACUUUUCAAAAGAGCACUGCUAACACAUCAGUCACAAAUUGUGCCCUUGCUCGACAGCUCUGGUCCCAAAUUCUCAGAGGAAAAUCUUGAGUACCUGGCGUUACCAUCCAGUGAACUGUUUCCUCUUUACCAGGCUCAGAAACAACUGGGGAGGUGCGCUAAGCAAAUGUCAGACGUAAAUGUUACAUUGAGCAAACAACGGGAGGGAAGAGUACAUGACAAGGCAGGAGCAGCUCCACGCCACACAGCUGUUCCAAGGGCGAACAGGCCAUGGUGUCCUGGAAGACGGAUCCUGAUGUCCAAAGUCUAUUCCUAUAUUUGGAAAAUUCUGCACUUUAUAAAUCUCAUUGGGAAGCCCUGCCUACCUCCAGCCCUGGAAGCUCAGUCUCCUAUCUUUCUUGCUGUGAGGACACAAGCCCCUGAGCUACGCUCCACUAAUGAUGAGAAAACUGAGCUCAGAGAGAUUACUUCAUUUUCCCAAGGACACAUGAGAGGGCUGAUUUUAUCCACUUUCAACAAAUCAGAUCUUCAGUACUAACAAACUGGUGUUCCUGUUGGGCUUUUGAUCAUUAUGUUGAGAUUUGGUUCACAGGGCUUGAGAUCUAAGGAACCAUACUCAAGGAGUUUCACUUAAGGAAUGACACCUGACAAGCCGAAGCCUCACCUGGAUCUGAUUAAGUUGACAUGUUUCUGGACUUUAAACCGAUGCAAUAAAUUUUUGAAACAGGGUUGGUUGGGGGGUGUUGGAAGGAGAUGAGUAUAUUUUCUAUGUGAGAAUAAUUUUAAUCUGUGGCCAGAGGACAAGUUAAAGAGUUUUAAAAUACAUCCAUAAAUCAUUCAACACCCUUCCCUCCAAAAAUGGAGCCUAAUUCACUUUCCCUUGAGCUUAGACUGGAUUUGGUGACUUGGUGCUAAUGAAUAGAAUAUUAUAGAAAUGAUAAUGUGUGAUCUCCAAGACUAGUUCAUAAAAGGCAUUGCAGCUUCCUUCUUGCUGUCUUUUAGAUCAUUUUUCCUGAGAGAAGCCAGCUGCCAUGUCAUGAGGAUGCUCAAGAAGCUCCAUGGAAAGGUUCACACGGUCCAUGUAGAGAGGGACUGAGGUCCUCUGCCAACAGACAGGAGUGGGCCAUCUUGGAAGCAGAUCCUUUAGUCCCAGUCAAGUCUUCAAAGCCUCCAGUCCUGGUCAACAUCCUGACUGUAAUCUCAUGAGAGACUCUGAGCCAGAAGCACCCAGCUAAGCCAAAACCAAAUUCAUGACCCUUAAAGAAAUAAGAACCAUGAGACAGAGCUUCUGUCAUCAAUUAUACUUGGAAUUUGGUGAAAAAAAGAAAGAAUUUGGAAUCAAUCACUCUGAGUUCCGUCCGUGUUCCCCCACUUAGGAGGCAUUUCCUUCUCCCUAAAAGGGAAGCAAUACUAUCUGCUCCGUCUAACUCGCAGAGCUGCUCUAAGGACCCAGUGCGCUGGACGGGAAAGACAGGUACAGUUGCUGCUGAAAGUCCAGCUCUUCCUAGCUGGGGACACUAGCGACUCGAAAGGCAGCUCUCUUUGCCAUUAAAAAUCAAGAAAUUCAAACCAGAUGCAGCAGUUUCUUGACAUGGAGAACCAAGCCCAUAAUACAGUGGAAGUUUCUCCUUGUGAGGCUGAGCUUCAGGAAUUAAUGGAACAAAUUGACAUCAUGGUAAACAACAAAAAACUGGAUUGGGAAAGGAAGAUGCGGGCUCUGGAGACACGAUUAGAUCUUCGGGAUCAAGAGUUGGCAAGUGCACAAACUUGUUUAGAACAGAAAGGUCAAGAGGUGGGGUUACUUAGACAGAAGUUGGACAGUUUGGAAAAAUGUAACUUAGCAAUGACUCAGAAUUACGAAGCACAACUACAAACCCUAAAAGCUCAAUUCUCCAAACUAACUAAUAGCUUUGAAAAACUGAGAUUACACCAGAUGAAACAAAAUAAAUUUCGACAAAAAGAAGUACCACACGUCAAAGAAAUACCCUUUGAACUGAGCAAUUUGAACCAGAAAUUAGAGGAAUUUGGAGCAAAGUCAAGAGAAUGGGACAAGCAGGAGAUACUAUAUCAGACUCAUCUGGUUUCUUUAGAUGCUCAACAAAAAGUAUUAUCUGAGAAGUGUAAUCAAUUUCAGAAACAGGCGCAAAGUUACCAAACUCCACUAAAUAGUAAAAAACAGGGCAUAGAAGAAGACAGCAGCUCUGAAAUUCCUUGGAUAUGCGAAGCAGAUACCAGUUGUGAAACCAAUGAAAGAGAUGAGUUCAUUAUUGAAAAAUUAAAAUCAGCUGUGAGUGAAAUAGCGUUAAGCAGGAAUAAGUUACAAGAUGAAAAUCAGAAGCUCUUACAAGAACUGAAAAUGUACCAAAGACAGUGCCAGGCCAUGGCAGCAGGACUCUCAGAGGUGAAAAGUGAGUUACAAUCACGUGAUGAUCUCUUGAGAAUUAUAGAAAUGGAACGAUUGCAGUUGCACAGAGAAUUAUUAAAACUAGGAGAGUGCCAAAGUGCUCCAGAAAAUAAAAAAAGACUUGAAUCAUCUUAUUCACCAUCUAUUAAAGAAUCAGAAAAACAACGGAAAGAGCUGUUUGCAGUGACCCCAGAUCAACCAAAUCAUGAAAAAGAAUUGAACAAGUGUCUGCUGCAGAUAAGAAGCCAACUCUAUCAGGAGGAAGAGUACCAUAGCUCUGAGCAGGAAAGAAUGAGGAAUGAAAUCUCUGACCUAACAGAGGAGCCUCAUCAGAAGGAAAUCACUAUAGCAACUAUCAUGAAGAAAGCUGCAUUUCUGGAAAGACAGUUAAAAAUGGAGUUAGAAAUAAAAGAGAAAAUGUUGGUGAAACAACAGGUCUCAGAUAAGAGAGAUAAAGCUGUCAGAACUGAAAACACACACUUGAAAGGCAUGAUGGGAGAUUUAGACCCUGGACGGUACAUGAGUGUGGACUUCACUAACAGGGAACAUGCAAGGCAUACAUCUAUUAACAAACUGGAAUAUGAGAAUGAAAGGCUCCGAAAUGAUCUUGCAAAACUUCAUGCCAUUGGAAAAUCAGCAUGGGCUAACCAAAAUACCUACAAAGAAACAGGAAGAUUUAGCCACGAUCGUGAGCCAAACAAAAGUGCAACACCUUCGUUGCCACCUUCGCCAUUUCAAACCAAAGAAAUGACAAGUCCUUUGGUUAGUGACGAUGAAGUAUUCCCAGUGUCGCCCCCAGAUAUAGCCUUCCCCGCUUCUUUGGCUGCACAGCAUUUCUUUCUGGAGGAGGAGAAGCGAGCAAAAGAACUUGAAAAACUUCUGAAUACACAUAUUGAUGAACUGCAAAGACACACAGAAUUUACUCUUAAUAAAUACACCAAGCUAAAACAAAACAGACACAUAUGAGCUUUUAAACUUUUUUAUUUGCUUCGCCCACCCCAAGGAAAAAAGCUCUGGCAAAAUAUUUACAAAGCUGAUUCAUGAAACUGAGAGAUUUUGUUCUGUUUUCCUGAGUAAAUCAUUUCUGUAAGGCAGCUAGAAAAUAGUAUUUUGUUCAAUAAAGCUGUUUGUAUUUCUGCAUUAACAAACAAAUUGUUCAGCUACAGUUACUCUAAAAUAAACAUGACUUCUCCAAAAGAGAUUUUUUUCUCCAGUCUGAGGAAUAGUUUGGAAUUAAAUAUGCAGUUUUUGCCCCCCUGAAUCAUGUAUACUGAAACCCAUUUCCUCUGUAACAACACAUGAUGAGGGAAAGGGAUACACUAUAUUCUAAAUACAAACAGAUCAAGUGCAGCUCUGUUGUACUAGGUUUGAAAACCCAAUGAUUUUUUGAAAUGAAUAGCUAUGUAAACAUCCUAACAUUUCUUUUAGGAAAAAAAGAUACAGCUUACUGUUACUGCAUUCAUCUUUGUAAUGUCUCUCUGUUUUUUGUUUGUUUGUUUGUUUUGUGGUACGCGGGCCUCUU